AGCACUGGCCCAGGACCUGGAUUCAAGACUUGAUGUUUCACACGCGUCACACGUUUCACGUGACAUGGCCCCAUGGCCCUGGCGUUCCUGCGCCGCGACGACUUCGAUGCCCGCGUGGAGCGCUUGGUUCGGCGGGAUGGCACUCGGACUGCGGCACGCCCAGCACGGCGACGCUUCGCUGCGGAGUCAGCGCGCGAGUCGCAGAGCCCCUGGCAGCGCUUGCUGGACGCGGCACAGUGCCUCCGAAUCUACGUUUCCAGUCAACAGAUCACCGCAGAGCUGCGACAUCGCCUGGCAGAACUUCGGGGAGAGCCAAUUUUCCUGGGAGGCUAUGAACAAGAGAAGCGACUCUUGGAGUUGGCAUCUACGUUUUUGAGGACUGCUUCAUCCAGACGUUCUGCCAGAGAGCAUGGAUUGCUAAGUAUUCUGGAAGCGCAGGCAGGGGGUGGCAGUAUUAUUAAUCAUGCAGUGGUGCCUCGCUUACUCCUGAGCUAUGCUCCAGACGGAUUUGAAGUGCACAAAGAAAUUGCAUUGCACCACAGUUUCUUGCCAGCCGGUUUAGCCCGAGCAUUGCCUCGCACUGUGGAUGAUCUGGAACGGCUCUUGCGACAGGGGGCUGAUUCUUCUCACUCACGCAGGCCGGUACUGGUUCAGGAGAGCGACAGCGACAGCGAUGAAGAAACUGGGCACCAGCCUCGUGAUUCAACGGUCCGCUUGGAUCUGAUCCGAGUUGCCUUGGACGGAGCUUUCUCUUGGGUGCAAUUAAUGCUGAUGCUCACUUGUCAUGAAGAGCUGCUGGAGUCCCUGGCAAUGAAGAUCUUGCGAGAUAGGAACGUAGAGUUGAGCUCCGCAAGAUCAGAUGCCAACUCUGAUGACGUCCAUGUGUGGGCCAGUCCGCGGGAAUUGCCAAUGAGCACUCCUGGUCCUGGCAAUCUACCCGUUCUGGCCAGCGAAGAUGCAGCGCCCGUCCGAGAUGAUCGCAGUGAACACAGUGACAGUGGUGACAGUAGUGACAGCAACGGCCACGCGGAAAGUCACAGCCGCAGGACAAGCCCAAGCAGAGAAGGCCCCAGUGAGAAAGAGGAUGCGACAUCAAAGGCUCCUGCGAAGGAGGAGAGAGCAGAUGGCUCACAAGCAUCCUUCGUCAGUGCGGUGAGCCGUGACCCCUUUGGAGUCCCGGAAGGCGAGAGCUUCGGGAGUGAGAAGGAGACUGGCAAUCCCCAGGUCCAGGAUAAGCUGGACUUCUUCGCAGGGAUUCUGGACUUGGCAGAGCUGGUGCACCGCUUGCCCGGGCCAGCAACACGACAGCAGUCCGCCUUCUGCUGGCAGGUUGUUGCUCGUCUUGUGAAGAACGCAGUGCUGGCAGCUGAAUUUUGUCGAGAGGCCGCCAAUUUGCGACAUCUGGCACUGGCGAUAGACUCCUCCUUAGAGUCUGCUUCAGUGCAGGCCCACUGUUUAGAGGUGAGGCUACAUGCCCUUGGGGUGGUGCAUCGGCUGGUGAACCUGGGCUUGCUGACCAAGCUGCUUGCAGGUCAAGACGUGAAUGCAGGGGUGGCUGCGGCGGGCGUGGUCUGUGCGGUGCACUCGGCUCUUCUAAACUUUGCCUACGAGUGGAACUGGCAGGACUUCCCUUCUUGCGAUGCGUCCAAUCAGUUCUACGCCAAGCAAGCCCAGACGGCGCAGUGUUGUGCACUUCUGCGUGUUUGGACGGGCAUCUUGCGAGAAGCAGAAGGUGCUAACGGUGCUGUCACCCACGGAGCGCUGCUGCGCGGCCUGCUGAAAACCAGGCUGCACGCGGACGGCGCCGCCAGCGUCCGCGUCCUAGCGGCGGCCAUCAGCAAGGACCUUUCCGACGACGACCAAAAGAGCCUCAUCUACUUGGCCAUCCAGGCUAGUGGCGCAGCGCUGCAUUUGGCACCUUACCCUGGUAGCGUGAAGGAAGCGGAUCAGCUCUUGCCGAUGCUCAUGGCUCAUUGGUCUGUUCCAGAACUCCAGCCGCACCUUCUGAGUCUCAUGGAAGCUGCGCCACUGAGAGGGCCAGUCGCGCAGGCAUUGGUGCCGCUGCUGAUCAAUGAAGUCACAGCGCUGAACGGCUGGUCUCACUGGGCCGAGCGCCUGCUGCGCUGCAGUGGCCGCGCGCUGCACCAGGCGCCUCUGCCGGAGCCUCUGCGCCGCUGCGCAAGGCGCCUGGCACAGCUGCUACGGCGCUUUGCCAGGUUUCAGAGUCAACGUGGAAAGCUGCAAGAGGAGAGGGAAGGACUGCAGCAGGAGUUGGCACUAGCGAGCGCCCUUUAUGCAUUCGUUUCGGGGCUGCUGGCUGAGCAGUAUUCUUCGCAAGCUCCGUUGCAGGUCUCAGCAUCUCGUUUGCGGAGCGAGCAGCCAGGAGAUUUGGCAUCUGCGCAGAGCGACAUCAAGAACCUCCUUUGCAGUGGCUUCGAGCUAGUGGUGCGGAGUUUGGCUGGCUGGAAAUCCGAGCAAGCCUUGAUGCAGAUUGACUCGCUCAUAGAGACCGAUGACGCACGGAGUGGGCACAGUGAGGAACCCAAGGCAGAGGAGAGCGAGGACGCGGAGGACGCGGAGCAGGUGGCCGAGGCAGAUGACCGAGAUGGUUCUCAAGACAUGCCACUGCCAGAUGAUGCUGUGGAAGCUGUGGAGGCCGUGCCGCUGAAUGUCGUGCUCCUUUGGGAGAGUCGGGUCUUGCGAGAUGCGUGGUCUCUGCUUUCUGGUAUGGCAUCAGCCCUCCUUCGACUAGGUCCUCCUCCACCAUUCCAAAGGGAAACUGAGGCAAAUCAAGAGGAGACGCUGCUAGCUGCUGGCACUUUUGUCCUUGGCUUCAGUCCGCAGCUGGCAGAUGCCCUGGGGCAAUUCCUUGAGCAAAGAGGCCUUGACAGAGAUUGGGCGCUAGCAGAGCCGUUGCUCACGGUUCUUGUGAGACUUCUGGUGGCACAGCGCUCCAGCCUGCGUAGCAGCAUUCUGAUGCAUGGACUGCUGCAGCAAUUGGAGCCUCCCCACUUGCGCCGCCUUGGGGGCCUGGAGAAGUGGUGGCUUUGGUGCAGUGCAGAGCCGUGGCAGGCGAAGAUCCCAAGGAUGCCAAAGGCGAAGCAGGUACAGAAGGAUUCUGACACAAGCUCUGAUUCAAGCUCUGAAGAGCGUGACUCGCCAAUUGAGCCAAGUGAGGCAAGCACGGACGAAACGCCACCAUCAAGUGAGGAGGAGUGGGACAGUGAAGUACAGUCAGGUGGGCCACCAGAUGCUCAGCAGCAGCGCCGCUACAGCCGUCAAGAGCCAAAGGUCAGCAUGUACACGAGCUUCUUUACCAAUGAAAGCAGCGAGGAAGUGGCAGAUGUUGAGGAGGUGGCGGAGGUGGCGGAGGUGGCGGAGGUGGCGGAGGAGCAGCCAAGCCGCUUGCCAAGCCACUCGGUGAGGGAGGCGGAGAGAACCAUUCUCGUGGAAGUCGCCGACAGUCUGAGCAAAGCCUCAGCAGCUACCAGACGGAAGAGCGGAGCGUUGAAGGCUGCAGCUGAUGAGAACGCGUCGACUUCUAAGUACUCCUAUGCGUCGUCCAAGUACUCAAGUGCGUCGACGUCCAAGCGAUCGACAGGACUCGAUGAGCCCUACCAGAAUGCCAGGGAUGCAGAAUGGCUUCUUCGGCAGCUGCAGAAGCAGCACUGGCAGGCUUUGUCUUUGUUGCUGGUCAGCUCAUCAGAGCCCGACGUCGCCGUGAUGCUGGUGAACUCUAAGGCAUUCAUGGAACGCAUAUGUGCUUUCUCAUGCUUUGCGCUUUCCCCGCUCAUGGUCGAGAAUUUGCCGAGUUGGGUGGACUAUGCUUCUGGUCCCAAGUGCCCAUGUGCCAUGAGGCCAGGCAAAUACUUGGACCUGCCCAAGUCAUUCGCUCCGCUAGUUCAGCUGCACCUGGCGCUACAUGACACUGGAUCAGAUCCGUACUGCUCGGUGCCGAGUCUUCUGCAGGAGCAGCUUUGCCGCUCGGUGCUGCGCUUCUGGCACCUUGCAGACAUGGACCAGGUUCCGGCUGGCGUGACCUUGCCCAUUGUCGACAGUACUCUGAAGCUUCUCUUAAUCUGGGCAGGCAGCUCCAUGCGAAGGUGCCUGGUUCGUAGUCGUGCUUGUGCUGCCCUGGAGUCAAUGGCGGUCUUUGCGGCAAACGGGUAUCAGGCCAUCACAUGGAGCCCUGGCGACCUGCAGGAUCGCGGGAGCUUCGCAGAGACGGCGGUGCAGAGACUUUUGGACUUGGCCGCAAAUCUAGGGCCUGCUGCUUUUCCGGGGCAAGAGGAUCAGGCAGACAGCUCCUUCGGCUCACUGAUGGCUGUUUUACUGCAGCCGCAGCUGCGCCUCAGCGCUGGAAGUCGCAGCACAGUGGUCUCCACCCUGUGCUCCGUGGGAUUGGGCGUGAUCAUCUACAACCAAUCGAAGCAUGCUACCAACUCUGUGCUCGCCGACAUUCGUGCCGUGUGGGGCAGCAAUGUGCGCGUCAUCCAGACUUUGGAGGAGGGAAAGCAAAGGCUGCCCGGAAUGAAUGCUGCCCUCUAUGUCAAACCGAAGACGUGGGGCGACCUGGACCACUUCAAAGAGCGCCUGGAUUUUCUUUGCACACAGGAUCACGAGCUUAGCCGGCACCGAGCUGCACGGCAGGUGGUUUUCAUGCCGGGCUGGUCGGCCUUCGCGGAGUCUGCGGAGGCCGCAGUGGGUGUGGAGGCCCUUGGGCUCGUUUGGCCGGGCACCGAGCCCAAAGCUUCCACCACCUUGGAGAAGAUUGGCUUCAAGCGCAUUUGUGAGGCAGUGGGUGCCCCCACCCCGCCCUUCACCGUGCUCUCAGAGGAGGAUGCACCAAGGGUCGAUUUGACGGAUCCCGAUGCAAAGGAGGCCUGCGUAUCAGAAUUUAUCAAGAAGGUACUUGCCAUGAACUUCUCGGAGAAGGGCUUGAUCAAGUCUAUUCAUGGAGGCGGAGGAAAGGGAACUGCCCAUUUGCAUCACCCGGACCAACCCCAUGAGGUCCGAAGGGCUGUGGAGAAGGUUAUCACAGAGAUGAAUCGUACUGAUGGUAUCUACUUUGAACAGCGUGUGAACACAAAGGGAGAUGGGCGUUUCUACCAGAUCGAGCUGGAGGUUGAUGGCGAAACAGUUGCUGAUGGUGGCCGCUUCGUGUGGUUCAACUCCUCCUUGCAAAAGGUGGUCGAGAUUGGCCUCGACGACGCAAACAUCACGAUGUUCAUGCCAGAAGACUUGUACAAGAAAUCGCGAGUGUGGGCCGGGGACAUUGCUAAGAUGGGGAACAACAACACCAGGGCAACCAUGGAGGCAUUGGUCUUCAAGAACGAAAAAGGCAAGUUUGAAUGCUCCUUCAUCGAGUGCAAUCGACGCCCACAAGUGGAGAAUGAAGCUUUGGCUCUUCUGCAGAAGGACAGCAAGGGCCAUCGUCGCUACACCUUUGCCGAGUUGAUGAUGCGUGCAAAGGGUUACCCGGCACCCAAGUUCGAGCCGGCCACGGAUUGCGCGGUUGUGCUGCAUGCUCGCUGGUUGCACGGCAAUCCAGACAGCGAUGGCAAGAUCACGUAUCAGGCUGGCAACAUCCUGGGCAUGAGCGGCCCCAGGCUUGAUUACAUCAAAGCCGAGCUCAUGGCUCCUGGCGAGAUCUCCUUUACUUCCGAUCCACAGCUUGGAAAGGCAGUGAUCACCGCAGAUUCCUGGGCCGAGAUGUGUGACAAUGCGGCGGAGUAUUUCAGGCUGCGCAAGCCUGCGGUGAUGGGAGCAGCUUCCACCUACGCGCAGACCUUGUACAACUUGUUCACCAGUCCAAAGUUCCGGGCUGGCGAGACAGCAUCCAACGAGACCUUCGCUCACAUCGAGAUUCCUGAUCAUCCUGAGCGUGGGGUCCUCACAGUUGUGAAGGAACAAGUGGCGCCCGUGAUUGUCAAUGGCUACCGCAAGGGCGAGGGCAUCGACCCAGACCGCUACCCCACAAAAGGCGUUUGUGCAGCCCUCGAAGAGCUUUCACACGAGCUUCAGAAGACGGCCCCUCAAGCCACAAAGUUCACCGAGUUUGCACGUGGACAGGCCUCAUAUGAGGAUUACAUCAAGGAGCUGCGGACGACCUUGGACAAGCAGGGUGGUGGCUGGGUUACCGUGGCACCUCGUGAUACUUGUCAGCAGGGCAAUGACUCGGAGAGUGCUUCUAUCACCAACAUCUCUCGCAUCAACGCGGAAGUUUGGGCGCAGCAAGCUGGAUGUGUGGGCUAUGAGACUGGAGGAGCGCAGUACCAAGCAGGACUGAUCCGCGGCUUUGACCCUGCGGCAAUUUUGCGAUUGGGCCUGCCUUACAACAUGCCUGCGCACUCCUUGCAGCGAUCGCAAUAUGUGAAUGGCCUCGCAGAGCUUACUCCGGAGAUUCGUAAGCCUCUUUUCGAGUCCACUGCGCAGAUCGUUGCCCAGCACUACCGUGGCGAGGGUGGCACGAGCAGCUGGGUCCCCUGGCAGCCAUACAACUUCCACGCUGGCAACUACUUUAAUGAGAAGACUGGCUAUUGCCCGCAGGACGACACCACACUUGAGCUGCUGGAUGCCAAGUGCCUGCCUAUGCCAAAUUGGGUCUUCUCACCAAAGUUCCCCCUCGAUGCCUUGAAGAGGUGGACGGAGCGUCAGAUCGAGAACUUUGAGAAGAAGGGUCUGACGCUGCACCAGCUUCGCAUCAAGAAUCCCGGGCAGGGAUUGGACUGGACUGCAGAUGCCAUUUGGGCGCACGUGGACACUAUGAUCCAGGUCUUCAAAGCCAAGGGCCUUCCCCCGCCGAUUGUCUACAUCCACAAUCAUGACUUCAAUGGCAUGGCGGGCCAUAUUGGCGCUGAGCUGUUCGGCAAGGCGCAGCAGGCGAACUUCAGCACCCUGGUCAUUGAUGGCGCCCCGCGCAAGAAUGGCACCCACAAUGACAACACUGUGCUGCUGGCCAAGCUGAACUUGGAUGCUGAGCAGAAGUCAGCGCUGGCAGAGUACAAUCACAACCAGCAGAUCAUCGAGAACAUGAUUUGCCGAUUUGACAGCCGCACGUCGCAGAUGACUCCGUGGGAUUCCGACUGGGCCGGUGGCACUGAAGGCUCCGACAUCCGCAUUGCGAAGGAGUACUCCCUCGAUGUGCGAAAGAUCAAUGACGCCAAGGAAAUUGCCAGCGAAGUCUUCCCGCUUGAGAGGGCAGUGACUCCCUUCUCAGAGUACAAGCUGCGUCUUGGAAUUGCCAUCAUGAUCGAGCCUGGCAUCGAGCCCAAGUCCGUGGAAGCUGUGAAGAAGUGGGUGAACGGUGGGGGCAAGCUGAAGGUGGGAGGCGACGUGCUGGUCGGCCUGAAGCGCUGGGAGACGCUGGGGCCGAAGACCCCCGAGGUGGACAAACUCUUGGAGAAUAUGCCCGAGGAGCUGGAAGCUGCUCUUGGCCAGAAGGGCAAACUGCUGGGGCCCGCUGACAUCCCAGCUCACUUCACCCCGGCGCAGCGCCACAAUGCCUUGGGAUAUCAGCAGAAGGGCUUCGAGUUUGCCAAAGCGCAGGCGAAGGGCACCGACAUGACGCCGCUGCUGUUGGCACCGGAAGUGCUGCACAGCGCACCCAAAGCGCUGCGAGCGGGCACGAGCUUCCAGAUCCUCAUGGACAAGCUGGACGGCACGCUCCCUCAGAAGGAAGAGAUCACGUUCCAGGGCUUUGGCCUGGCGCCUGGAGCUGCCUCAGGCCCAGAGAGCAUGGCACGGGAGUUGACGCUCAGCUUUCUGCACGAGGGUCAGUCGGUGCAGGUGCAGCUGCCAGACCCAGAUGCGGCUUCCGGGGUGGCAAGCGCCAAGGGCAACCGCAAGGCAACGCCUGGCAACAAGCUCGAGGUUCCCACCGUCGUGCCCGGCGAAAUGCUUUCAUACUCAGUGAAGGUCGGAGAAACCCUGAAGAAGGGCAGCAUCCUGUGCGUCCUGGAAUCCAUGAAGAUGGAGAUGAAGAUCCCCGUCUCUGAUGAGUUGGACGGACUCGUGGUGAAGGACUUGCCCUGCAAGGGCCGCACAAAGGAAGCGCAGGGUGUCAUCUUGGCGCCAGGGGAUCUCUUGAUCGAGCUCCAGGAGCCCUCCAAAUGA